CGCCACCUCCCAUCCAGCUCAAGGUCGCCACCCUCAAGCCCAAGGCUACCUCCUUCCAGACUUCUGGGGACAAUCCACUUCCUCUAAAAACCCUAAGAAGGGGAAACUGGAAAAAAAUGCCAAAGCGUUACACCGCUUACACGGAGAGGCAGAAGAAGUAUGUAUGGAGGCCAAAGAAGAAAGAUCCUCCGCCACCUCCAUGGGCGGAGCUUCCGCGGGACAUAACGGCCAACAUUCUGUACAAACUGGGAGCGGAGGAGGUCUUGAAGAGUGCCAUCAUGGUGUGCACCUCAUGGCGAAGUGCGUGCAAGGAUCCUGCCAUGUGGCGUGUCAUCGACAUGUCAAAAUCUAAUACAAACUUUGAAGAUCUGGAAGAUAUGUGCUGUUACGCAGUGAAUCUCAGCCAGGGAGAACUCCUGGACAUUACCAUUGAAGAUUUUGGCACUGAUGAUUUGAUCCUCCAUAUUGCUAAGCAGUCAGCCUUACCCCUCUUUGAUUUAUUUAUUAGUUUUUUGAUAAAUGUUGGUAUUGCUUUUUUGGAAGAUGGUUUUUAAUACAUUUGAUGAUUUUAGGUAGCUGAAUUGCAUUUGGGUUUACUUAUUCAUUGGAUGUCAAUUCACGUUCACUCAACUCAGCACUUUUACUUAAAAUUGCAAUUAACUUUUAGGCUAUCU